UGUGUGACCUUUGUUGCUCGGGAACUGAUAAAAACUUUAAAAAAAUUUAUAGAAUCGUAUCAUACCGGGGAAUAUAGAGAUGACCAGAACGUGAUCUGUGAUGAAACCAGUGAGUUGAAUAGUGGUUUGGUAAAAAAAUAUGAAGAAAUUAUAUUCAAGAUGUACGAUGAGCUUACCAAAAAGGAAGCAUAUUUGGUAAAAAA